AGCAGUCCGCGCUGUGGCGCGGCCCCGCUCCCGUCCCUGGUCGGUCAGGGUCCGUGGUUGUCCCCAGACUGCUGGUUGGAUGAAGCUAGCGCGACUCAUGAAGGUGUUCGUCACUCGCAGGAUCCCCCCCGAGGGCUGGGCCGCGCUCACCCGGGCUGCAGACUGUGAGGUGGAGCAGUGGGAUUCAGAUGAGCCUAUCCCCAGCAAGGAGUUGGAGCGCAGGGUGGCAGGAGCUCACGGCUUGCUCUGCCUCCUCUCUGACCGCGUGGACAAAAAGGUUCUGGAUGCUGCAGGAGCUGACCUCAAAGUCAUCAGCACCCUGUCUGUGGGCGUCGACCACCUGGCUUUGGAUGAAAUCAAGAAGCGUGGGAUUCGAGUAGGCUAUACUCCAGAUGUCCUGACUGAUGCCACUGCAGAACUCGCUGUCUCCCUGCUACUCACCACCUGCCGCCGGUUGCCAGAGGCCAUUGAGGAAGUGAAGAAUGGUGGCUGGACAACAUGGAAACCCAUGUGGAUGUGUGGUUACGGACUCACGCAGAGCACUGUCGGCAUUUUAGGGCUCGGGCGCAUAGGCCAGGCUGUUGCGCGGCGAUUGAAACCAUUUGGUGUCCAGAGGUUUCUGUACACAGGACGUCAUCCUAGGACUCAGGAAGCAGCAGAAUUCCAGGCAGAAUUUGUGUCUGCCCCCGAGCUGGCUGCUGAGUCUGACUUUAUUGUGGUGGCCUGCUCCUUAACACCUGACACCAAGGGGCUCUGCAACAAGGACUUCUUCCAGAAGAUGAAGAAGACAGCUGUGUUUGUCAACAUCAGCAGGGGAGAUGUCGUAAACCAGGAUGACCUGUAUGAGGCCUUAGCCAGUGGCCAGAUUGCAGCUGCUGGACUGGAUGUGACGACCCCAGAACCAUUGCCCACUAACCACCCUCUGCUGACUCUCAAGAACUGUGUGAUCCUGCCCCACAUUGGCAGUGCCACCCACCAGACUCGCAACACCAUGUCCUUGUUGGCAGCUAACAACUUGCUAGCUGGCCUGAGAGGGGAACCAAUGCCCCGUGAAUUUAAGCUGUAGCCAAAUGGGACUAAGGCCUGAGACCUAGUGCCCUGAGAUUCUGCUGGACACUCCAGGCUGGAUUUAGAAACCAAGGGGAAGCCUGAUCGGUAGUCUGCAAAAGACAAGUGCUGGGAGAAAUGCUUGUCACGUUUAUGGCUGUACAUAUCUGAGCCCAAAGUCUGUAACUACCAUUAAAUAAUUUUGUGAGAUUG